AACAACCACGUUUUCGAACGCACCCCAGCUAACUUCUUCUUUGACACAAAUGACACAUGAUUAUUUGUAUAUUUUUGACAUUUUGUUGAUAAAAAAAGUUGUGAUUUUUCAGCAACAGCAAAUUUCCUAUUUUUCCUCAUAAAAUGGCAGAUAUUCUGUCUGAAACUGUACUUCCAGAAGAUUUAAAGAAAUUUGAAAAAAUCUACCACCAGCAACUCUACAAAAAUGAUGUAACUCCAAAGGCACAAUUCGAAUAUGCCUGGUGUCUCGUCAGAAGCAAAUACCCAGCUGACAUACAAAAAGGAAUAGUUUUAUUGGAGGAACUCUAUAAAACUCAUGAAGAAGGGCAAAGGGACUAUUUGUAUUACUUGGCUAUUGGCAAUGCUAGACUAAAAGCAUAUACAACAGCUUUGAAAUAUGUUAGGUCAUUUUUGAUUCUUGAACCAGGAAAUCAACAAGUUCUCAGUCUAGAGCAAAACAUCAAAAAGAAACUGGAAAAAGAAGGAAUAGUAGGAAUACUUACAGCAGGUGGGGUAGUUUUGGCUGUGGGAGCAAUCGUAGGAGUUGGAAUGGCCAUAGCAAAAGCAAAGUGAUACCUCUUUUAAAAUUUAAAUCUUGAGUCAAUAAUUUAUUUUUACUUUUUCACUCGCUUUUUCAAUAAAACACAUUUUUAUUAGCUUUAUUUGUUAUUAGUUUUAGUCAUAAUAUCGGCAGCAAUUUGCAUUUAGAACUGUGUCCCUGAACACUUUGAAUUAUGCCUCAAUUUUUGCUUGUUUCCUUAAAAAAAAAAUCAAGACUAGAAACAUUGCAUUAUUCUUGAAGAAAUCUUUAAAUUAAUGCAAUCAGGGAAGGAAUAAACACUGAAAACCCAUUUUUUUAAUGUGAUUGUAUAUACCUAUCUAAAGAUAAAUGAUACCAAAAGAUUAAAAUAGAUUUUUUUGUGAUAGUGAGUGUAUAUAGAAAACCCUUUUAAUUAUUAUUAAUUUCUUUAGUAGUAAAAUAAAUACUUAUUAUUUUUAUGUUAUACAAAUCAUUUCAUUUCAUUCAGAUUUUACCUACAAAUCAUUUCUCUCUACAUUUCAUUUGACAAAACUCGACAUGGUUCAACACCCACAUUUAAAUGUUUUCAAUAGGUAUUUGAGUAAAAUAAGAAAAUAAAGUGAAAUUGUGUUUGUGUUUGACAAGUACAUUAGUCGAUAUAGAUUCAAAUGAUGGAGUUUUAUGUGGAUUUUUUUUUCUUUUGCUACGUACAUGAUAGAAAUAUUGAAUAAAUGAUUUUGAUGGAAAAGAAACUAAUAAAAAACACUGAGAGAUCGAAUGGAGCGAAAUUGAAAUCGAAAAGGUGUAUUUCACCACUUAUCCGCCGGCUGGUUAAAAUUUAAAUAAACAGCCAGGUUAAAAUAAGGGCCGCCGGAGGUUAUUUUCAAACAUACGCCUAUAGGAGGGUGUUUUUUUUUGUCAGAUUGAAAGAUAUCUGUAGUAUGACGAAAAAUUUAGAACGAAUCACGGCCGAUAACUGCAAAUACCAGCAUAAUCCAGAUCAAAAACUUCAGCUCAGCCGUUAUUUGUUAUUUAUCGGCCUUAUAACCUUAAUAACUAUUUUGUAUUCUGCGAACCAGCCUAUUAUAAGCAGUAAAAUUUGUAUUAAACCCCCAACAGAUUGCUGAACUCUGCCCACUUUAAGAAUAAUGGGCAUGUUUCUUUUUUUUUUUUUUUUCGGCCUAUGGAAUAGUAUUUUUUUUAUUUUUUUUAAAUUUAUUUAUUUAAAUGUUGAUUUACAAUGGGGUAAGGUUUGCCAAAUUUUUCAAUUUUAUAAUUACUUAUGUUAUAAAGAUGUGAAGCCUAAUUUUCUAAAACAAUUUUAAUAUCUUAAUCCUUAAUCCUAACCUUAAUUUAUUUAUUAUUUAAUGAAUAUAAAUUCAAAAUUACAAAAAUUGGAUUCCAUAAUUUAAUACGACAUACCUAUAACCCAUUACAUUGUUGUGGUUCUGCAAGGCAUACAGAUGCCCGUGUGCAGAAUUUAAGAUACAUUACUUGACUUAAUUUCUAGUACAGUUCAGUAGAUUUAUAAUUAAUACCUAUACCUAACAUUCCUAAGAAUGAUAACCAGUUAACAUGACAAGAGCUUGGUGCUAGCCCCAAAACAAUUCAAAGGUUAAGAAAGACAAACAAGCGUCUGCGGAUCACACGGAGGCAACGCCACGAAUACAGCGCCCAUAACGUUUUUGCUGUUUGUUUUUUGACGCCUCCGCCUCCUUGUCCUGAAUCCUGAUGAAUAUUUAUUGUUAUAUUCUAGGAUUAUUUUGCAAUUUCCAUUUCAUGAAAUAUCGAUAAUAUUUAACUGAAAAUUUUAGAAAAACUAAUGAGAAUUAAUUUUUUCGGGAUGGUGUAUCAAGCUGGGACCCGGGUACAAAAAAAUAAUUGAUAACGUCAGGCGGAACAAUCCAAUGAUACAUCGCC